AUGGGCAACCUCACUAUCAUCACAGAAUUCCUACUCAUUGAUAUUUCAAGCUCCCAGGAGCUCCAAAUCUUAAAAGGUUUACUAUUCUUAAUCAUUUAUCUAGGCGCUGUAGCUGGAAAUCUCCUGACUAUUUUAGUCAUUGUGACAGAUUCACAUCUUCACUUUCCUAUGUAUUUCUUUAUAGGCAAUUUAUCCUUUAUAGAUGUUUGCUUUAUUUCAGUUAUUGUUCCCAAAUCAUUUGUGAAUUCUUUGACAGGUAGCAAAUCAAUAUCACUCAAAGAGUGUGCUGCUCAGAUUUUCCUGUAUACUUUCUUUGCAGCUGCAGAACUUGCUUUUCUUGUAGUGAUGUCUUAUGACCGCUAUAUUGCCAUCUGUCAUCCCUUGCACUAUGAGCUCACUGUUACCCCACAUGCAUGUGCACAGGCAGCAGUGGGCUCAUGGACCAGUGGAUUGCUCUAUUCUGCCCCCCACGUCAUCACCAUGUUCAGAUUUCCCUUCACCAAGUCCAAUGUGAUCCAUCAAUAUUUCUGUGAAGCACCUCAAAUAUUGAGGAUAUCAUCACCAGAGGUUCAAUUUUUUGAAUCUGUACUUAUGCCUGUAAGUGCUGGCUUUGUAUUAGCAUGUUUUACCUUAAUGUUCAUGUCAUAUAUUAAAAUAUUUUCAAGUGUGCUUCAGAUCCGCUCUGUGAGAGCACGUCACAAAGCUUUAUCUACUUGUACCCCACAGUUGGCUAUUCUCCUUUUGUUUGUUAUUUCUGCUUUAAUUGCUGCCCUAAGUCCUAUUGCAAAUACAUCAUCUCUUAAAAAUUUUCUGACAGCUGUGUCCUACACCAUACUGCCACCGUUGAUAAACCCCCUCAUCUAUAGUCUGCGAAACAGGGAAAUUAACAGUGCUUUUGGAAGAAUCUACAAAAGAUAUUUUUGGUUAAAAAAGAGGGUUUUACUUGAUUAA